AGAAAAGGGCAUUAUUGACUAUUCCCACUUCAUUUCUGCUCUAAAUCACUCAGUUUUCGCAAAUAACUCGAAUUGAAUGACAAAUCAUAUGUUGGCUUCCACCAAAAACUCGUUGCUCUUCUUUCUCCACCGCUCCAAACCCCAAACGCACUGCGUCCUCCUCCGCCACCUCGCCACCGUCAAUGCCGCUCCACAAAACCGCGUCGUCCCCACCAAGGACGACUACUUCUCAGCCAUCCAACACAUCACCAACAUCGUACGGCGCGACCACUUCAUGGAGCGCACACUCAACAAGCUUCGCAUUACCGUCGAUUCCGAACUCGUCUACCGAGUCCUCCGCGCCUGUUCAGCUGCAGGCACCGAGUCACUCCGAUUCUUCAACUGGGCCCGGACCCACCACCCCACCUAUCACCCCACGACAUUAGAGCUCGAAGAGCUGGUGAAGACGCUAGCUCGCACCAAGAAGUACGAGUCAAUGUGGAAACUCCUCCAAUCUAUGCAAACCCAUCACGGCUUAACCCUCUCUCAAGAAAGCCUUUGCUUCGUUAUCGAAGAAUAUGGCAACCACGGCCUCGUUGACCAGGCCGUAGAGCUUUUCAACCGAGCCCCAAAAACCUUUAAUUGCUUGCAGACCGUGGAGGUAUACAAUGCUCUGCUCUUCUCGCUUUGCCAAGCUAAGCUCUUUCAUGCUGCUUAUGCUUUGGUGAGAAGGAUGAUACGAAAAGGGCUUGUCCCGGAUAAGAGGACUUAUUCAAUUUUGGUGAAUGCUUGGUGCUCCAAUGGGAAAAUGAGGGAGGCCCAAUUGUUCUUGGAGGAGAUGAGCAGCAAAGGAUUUAAUCCGCCGGUUCGAGGGCGUGAUCUUCUCGUAGAAGGGUUGCUGAAUGCCGGUUACAUUGAGGCUGCUAAAGAAAUGGUAAGGAAAAUGGUUAAGGAAGGGUUUGUUCCUGAUGUUUCUACUUUCAAUUCGUUGAUGGAGGCUAUCUGUAAAUGUGGGGAGGUUGAGUUUUGCAUUGAUCUGUAUUGGGAAGCAAAUGGUUUGGGGCUUUGUCCUGAUAUCAAUACUUACAAGGUGUUGAUACCUGCGGUUUCAAAGGUGGGUAGGAUAGAUGAUGCAUUUAGGCUUUUGCAUAAUUCGAUCGAGGACGGGCAUAGGCCAUUUCCAAGCUUGUAUGCGCCUAUAAUCAAGGGGAUGUGCAGGAGGGGUCAGUUUGAUGAUGCCUUCUGCUUUUUUAGUGAGAUGAAAGUUAAGGGGCAUCCCCCAAACAGGCCUGUAUAUACCAUGCUGAUCACCAUGUCUGGGCGCGGAGGGAGGUUUGUUGAGGCUGCUAAUUACUUGGUGGAAAUGACUGAGAUGGGGUUGAUGCCGAUUUCGCGGUGCUUUGAUUUGGUUACUGAUGGGUUGAAGAAUUGUGGGAAGCAUGAUAUGGCUAAGAGGAUUGAACAAUUGGAAGUUUCUCUCCGGGGCACAUGAUGUUUCAACUUGAUCGAGUGUUAAGUGAUGACACUUUGUUGCUGUUUGAAGCAUAUGACAAUGAUGGCGUUGCAAUAUGCACUGCUUCCCGAGUAUGAUAAAAAAGUGGGGAGGGAGAAACGAUGGAGCAGGUGUGUAUUUGAUCAAGGAAGAAAUGAUAUUGGAAAGAUUGCAUUUCUCUGUUCAAUAUGCAAACUUUGAUAACUGCUUUAUAUGCUCAACGAGGCCAAGCAUUAGUACACAUCAGGCUUUGGAUUAGCAAACAUCGCGUUUCAGUCAAUUUGGAUGCUCAACAACAGUGUGACUGCUUUGAGAACACGACAGCAAGAGGGUUAGUGCAUUCAACGGGACCAAGUAAGUUCCAACUAUCAGAACUGUCCGCCAUUGAUCAUUUUAUUAUCUUUUGGUGAAUUAGAUGAAUGCCCCUCUGAUGGCACAUGGGCUUAGUGCAUGUACCGCUGAUGUAUGCUUAGGGCUUGACCUAGCCUUUUGAUUUUAUUCGUAUAAUUGAGACGAGUCCCCUGCUAUUUAUCCCCU